UGUGUGUGUGUGUGUGUGUGAGUGUGUGUCUGCAGGAUGAUGCUGGAGCUGCUGCUGUUCGCUGCUCUGCUCCUCGGAGCUUAUUUUCUUCUCCACAUGACUUUCCUCAAGCUGCCCAGAUGUAAAAGUACGGCGAAGUUACACGGAAAAACGGCCGUCGUCACCGGAGCUAACACCGGCAUCGGUAAGACCACGGCGAUGGACUUGGCGAGGAGGGGGGCGAGGGUGAUCCUAGCCUGCAGGGACAGACGGAGAGCCGAGGCCGCCGCCCAGGAAAUCAUCCAGGAGACGGGGAACAGUCAGGUGGUCUUCAUGCAUCUGGACCUCUCCAGUCUGGCGUCCGUCCGCUCCUUCGCUGAAGAGUUCCUCCGCUCCGAGUCCCGGCUCGACCUGCUCAUCAACAACGCCGGUCUGAUGAACGGCGGGAAGACGGAGGACGGCUUCGGGAUGAUCUUCGGGGUGAACCACCUGGGCCACUUCCUGCUGACGGUGCUGCUGCUGGAGCGGCUGAAGGCCAGCGGGCGGAGCCGCGUGGUUACCGUGUCGUCCAAAGCCUACAAGAUGGGGACGGUGGACUUCACGUGUCUGAGGACACACAGGGACGUGUCCCUGGGGGACAGCGACCUCCAGCUCUUCCACAAGUACUGCAGCAGCAAGCUGUGCAACGUCCUCUUCACCCACGAGCUCGCCAAGAGGCUGCAGGGCUCCGACACGACCUGCUACUGCCUCCACCCAGGCACCAUCCAGACGGAGAUCGGCCGCUACGCCGGUUUCUGGUGGAGCCUCCUGACCAAACCCAUCGUGUUCCUGUUCUUCGUGGACCCCGAGUCCGGCGCCCAGACCACGCUGCACUGCGCUCUGGAGCAAGGCAUCGAGCACGCCAGCGGCCGCUUCUUCAGCUGCUGCGCGCCCCAACUCAACAUUGAGCCGAAGGCCACGGACGACGCCGCCGCCGCCAAGCUGUGGGAGCUCAGCGAGCGCUUCUGUGGCCUGGCCUGAACCAGGAUGAUGUCAUCAUGACGUCAUCAUGACAUCAUCUGGAGGCCUGGCCUGAACCAGGAUGAUGUCAUCAUGACGUCAUCAUGACAUCACUGAGGCCUGGCCUGAACCAGGAUGAUGUCAUCAUGACGUCAUCAUGACAUCACCUAGAGGCCUGGCCUGAACCAGGAUGAUGUCAUCAUGACGUCAUCAUUACAUCACCUCCAGAGGCCUGGCCUGAACCAGGAUGAUGUCAUCAUGACGUCAUCAUUGACAUCACCCAGAGGCCUGGCCUGAACCAGGAUGAUGUCAUCAUGAUGUCAUCAUGACAUCAUCUAGAGAUGCACAGAUUAUCAGAUUAGUCAUCAACUAUUAAAUGAAUGUCCAACCACGUAUAUUGUUAAUUAAUCUAUUAAUCAGUUUGAGUCAUUUAUGAUGAAAUAGGAAAACUUCGAUGUGAACUUCUUCCUUCUCUUCAUUCCUUCUCUUCAUUCCUUCCCUUCGUUCUUUACUUUUCAAUAAUGAUAUUUCUUUGCUUGAACUCUGAUUUUUGAACAUCUGCAUGCAUCUUAAAUGUUAAACAUUAUUAAUAAAUCAUGUAAUCAGACUACAGAUUGAAAACUAAGGAACAAAUGUUUUUCUUGUUUUGAUUACCAUGCCAUUCAAAAAAAAAAAAGAU